CUCUAUGCUUUUUGAAAUAUCUGCUCUGCUGCUUCGAAGGGGUUGGGCAAAGAGGGUCUUUAGUAUUGAAAAGGGGAGAGCUGGAAAAAAGAAGGGAGACGGAGAGCAUUGCAAAGGAAAACAACAAAGGCCUGUGUUUGAGCUCAGGUGGUGGCUAUUUGAGCUGAAAUGGAGAACGGAAGGUGACCUGCCUGUUGCACGUCUCAAGAGGACUUAACGUUGCUAGUUUCAUUAUAUCCUUGAGGGAAGAUAUGAUCAACACAUGUGACAAGCCAGCAUUUUUUUAGCAGAGGGUAUAUCUCACCCCUGCUGCAUCUCUGGGCAGUUACGGCCAGCUGGAUGGAUUGAGCAUUAAAACUAAAUUAUCACUAAGCUACAGAUCCCAAGGGCACUUCAUUUCAUCCAAAUGACAACCUCCCUGGGAUUACCCAUCAAAAGAAAACAACAUUCAUAGCAGCUCCUUACCUGGCAGCUGCAUACGGGUGGAAGUCCAUGCUGUGGAGAGGUGAUACACAUUUUGUGGGUCACCUAUCACGGACCCAUUUAUGGCUGGCUUCAGGAUGAGGUGCACCCUGCGAGUAUGGCUUCUCAGCACAUCUAUCUUCCUGUUCAUCAUGUCUUUGUUUUUUACCUACUCUCACAAUGGAGCUGACACGCCAUCUUAUUCUGAGUUAACUGGCUGGCCAUCAGCAGAUGGGCACCCUGUCCGGCUUGUGCCAGGUUAUCCAGGGGUUAGGCACCGGCCGCCACCACCACGAUUACCCAAGACCUGCUCCUGUCGGCAGUGUCUGCGCCAGCCAGGCUUUUCUGCCUGGUUUGACAGUCACUAUGAUGCUGCCAUAUCUCCCGUGUGGACUCUGGAAAAUAAAGAAUUGUCACCAGAUGUCCAGCGAUGGUGGAUGAUGCUCCAACCACAGUUCAAAUCACAGACAACCCAAGAAAUUUUAACUCAGUUGUUCCAGAUCAUUCCAGGUCAGAAUCCCUAUAAGCUGCAGGAUCCCACAACAUGUCUCCGCUGCGCUGUGGUUGGCAACUCUGGCAACCUUCGUGGUUCUGGAUAUGGGAAGGACAUUGAUAGUCAUGAUUUUAUCAUGAGGAUGAACCAGGCCCCCACUCUGGGGUUUGAGAAGGAUGUUGGGGCUCAGACCACUCAUCAUUUCAUGUACCCGGAAAGUGCCAAAAAUUUGCCUGCUAAUGUAAGCUUUGUGCUUGUGCCAUUUAAAGCCUUGGACAUUCUGUGGAUCACAAGUGCCCUAUCUACAGGGCAGAUCAGGUUCACGUAUGCUCCAGUAAAGGCUUUCCUGCGAGUAGACAAGGAGAAGGUUCAGAUCUAUAAUCCCGCUUUCUUUAAAUAUAUCCAUGACCGCUGGACUGAGCAUCAUGGCCGGUAUCCCUCCACUGGCAUGUUGGUCCUUUUCUUUGCACUUCACAUCUGCGACGAGGUGAAUGUUUUUGGCUUUGGUGCAGAUAACCGAGGCAACUGGCACCACUACUGGGAAAAUAACCGCUAUGCUGGGGAGUUCCGCAAAACUGGAGUUCAUGAUGCAGAUUUUGAGGCUCAAAUCGUUGACACCUUAGCCCGAGAGGGAAAAAUCAAGGUGUAUCGCAGCACAUGAAGUUUGCUUCUUCACUGUAACACUGCUCCCUUCUAAUAAUCAGAGAACCGGUUAUUUGUCCAUAGAAACUCCUGGAUAAUUGGAACAAACCUGAAACUCAAGGUUUAUCUUUGUGAACUGGUGCUCGAUUGUAAUGUCUAAAGAUUUCUGUUUAUGGCGCAGGAUUAUUUGUUUGUUUGAUGCCAAAUUUCACCUGGAAAAGAUUUAAUAUUGGGUUCUGUUAUUAUGUAGGACCUUUCUGUUUUGUAUGAGACUGUAGACCAUUCACGUAAUUAGUAUAAAUCUCCCCUUCAGUACAAUCGGUCAUUAUGCCAAAAGUAUUUCAGUAUCUUUAUUUCUGUCCUCUUGCAACCAUGUGUACUGGCCUAAGAGUGCUGCUCUGUCUCAGCUAAUCAUACUAUAAGCUGCAAUCUCUUUGGCCGAUGAACAUUUCACUUAUGUUGAAGGUUUAUUUUAUUCAUCUGAAAAUAAGAACAUUAUAUCCCUUUCAGUAUUGGAGGAGCCUUCGGAAUGGAUUUAUUUCCACAUUGACAAUCGACUGGUAAAGGAAAAGCUGCACAAUCCUCAUCACCUCUGCCACCUCUAUAGCAUGUUUGUGUGCUGGAGGCCUUAAUUUAACAGAAGAAUGGUGACCAUUCCCAUCCGUUCCAUCUUGUCCUUCAGAGUUUGUUUACAUCAGGCAGCCUUACAUAGGGUCCUUCUUCUCAUGGACUUCUGUGCUGGAAAAAGGCAAGUGAUGUUUGCUAAUCAUUGAAUUAUUAAUCCAGAGUGCAUUUGAAACAAGAUUUUGGAUAGCCUCCUCAAAGUUACCAUCCCCCAUGUUGAACAGUUUUUACAUUUAAUAUAAUUGUAAGGUUCGAAAGAAACCAACACAGCAAGCAGUGGUUUUAUCCUCAAUAUAGGAAUGCCAUCAUGUGCAAUUAUAAGACCACAUACAAACUAUUUGAGACUUGUAUUCUCUUUAAUUCAUUUGCAAGACAGGACAGUUUAGUUAAUUUAUUUUAGUGUAAUAAUGAAAUGAUUGUUCGUUCUGUGUGCAUGGUCAUAUGGAGUUGCCCAGUUCGCUUGAACUGCCCAGUACACUAACAAGAAAUGUAUUAUGUAGUUUUUUUUUUUCCAGAUCAGCAUUGUGUAUACACAAAAUUUGGUUGUUAAUGGCAAUGCCAAGCAUUAAAUGGACACAAUACCCAUAUGCUAAAUCACUUGAAGAUGAUGCAAGAAAAUAUCUCCUGAACACCUCUAUGCAAAUAAGAUAUUUAACUGAAAUAUUUUUUCAGCUAUUUAUUGAAAGCUGCUUGUUUUACUCUUAUCUGCAUGUUUAAAAUACAAAACAAAACAAAAAAACAGCCAGUCAGCUUUGCCAGUACUAAAUUCACAUUUUGCAUUACAGGUACAAAUCCCCAAAUCCAGAAUUCUAAAAUCCAAACCUUUUUAAUUUUUUUUUUUUUUUUACGUAAAAUAAUAAAAAAAUACUAUUUUUCCCCACCUGUAAGUCACAA